AUGGACGACCAGAUCGAAGAGUUGGUCCAUGCUCAGUUCACCAUCACCGUUGUGGGUGUCGAGGAACACCGGAUCUCCAAGACGGAGAACAGCACCAUCGAGUUCAGGUCUGGAGGGGACCGAGGCUGGACUCACUUCUGCACGCUCCAGAGCCUGAACACCCCAGAGUACGUCGUGGACGACUCGCUUGUCAUCGAGCUCUCGAUGAAGGUGCAGAGGGGGAUGAUGGUGCGGGAGCUCGCGAUCCACAACCGCAGCGCGCCCGGCAGCGGGAGCGCGUCGGCGAACCAGGCAUUCGCGGGCGACUGGGCCAGGUUCCUCGAGAGCGGGCAGGCCACCGACGUUGAGAUCCGGUGCGCCCCGGGCGAGGGCGAGCAGGUCGUAAGGGCGCACAGGCUGGUGCUAGCGGCGCGAUCUUCUGUGUUCAAUCGCAUGCUGCUAGGCGUGCCUAUGCGCGAGAGACAGUCCGACUUUCCUGUCGAUCUCAGUGACUUCGACAUCGCGGUCGUGAAGCGCUUCGUGCAUUUCUUGUACGCUGACGAGGUGGACCAAGACACCCUCGUUAAUCCAGACGCCCUGUGGCAUUUGAUCAAGCUCGGCCACAAGUACGACGUGGAUUCGCUGGUGCAGCUCUGCUGCGCCCACAUCGUGCUCGCCGAGGAGACGGUCAUCGAGCCGACACUCCUGCUGGCUGAGCAGCUGGGCCUGACGGAGCUCAAGGAGAGCGGGCGAUCAAGUUCAUUUGUGGCUGCGGCAGUCGGCUCGCGAGGCUCACUGGGCAGCUGCCCUUUGCAUCCCUGGCCGCGUCGAGCCCGCACCUCCUCGUGGAGCUGCUCGUCGCCCAGGCCACCCAGGCACAGACCCCCCUCCCGAACGAGGCGGACGACGAAAUCAUCGUGUCUGGUGCCGGCGGCAGGGGCGCCAGGACCAAUGGCGAGUACAAGAGGAUCGGGAUGCACAACGGGAGGCCGCUGUUCCAGAUGGUGGGUGGCCAUUCGAUCAUCUAUCCUUUCCGCGGUGGCGGAUUUCAACCGGCUGUGGAAGAUCAGCUCUGGCAACACCCGAGGGUGGUACUACUCCCAGCCGCAGCCGGACGCGUCGCAGGGGCCGCCGCUGGGCGCAUGGACCACGGAUGGGUACCCGCGAGACGACGCGAAUCCUCCCCCCACGGUGUCACGCAGGCUCACGAACUGA